GCGGCGAAGGGCACCGUCCUCGGCGUCGCGGACGCGGCGGACAGGGUGCGCGGGCGGGCCACCCUGCGCGCCCGCGGCGGCGCCGAGGACCUUGUGAGCGAGACGACCAACAUCGUGCUCCCGGUGCUGCUGGGCUUCUUUGGCUGGAUCGCCCUCAUGUACGGCAUUCAGCACAGCCUUGUCGCGGUCCCGUUCGUCGACGGCGCGAACGUCCUGUACGCGCCGAUCAUCGCCACAUUCAUUCUGGGGUACGCGGUCAUCGUCCUGGAGGAGCAGACGGAGAUCAACAAGGCGGCCUCCGCCCUGGUUUUGGGCGUGAUGGUCUGGGUGCUGGUGGGCACUGGCCUGGACCUGACGCCGAAGCAGUUCGACACCGACAUCAAG